ACCACUUUGUACUUUCAAUCCAUCAGCAAUUCAGUACAGCUAUUUGCCGUGAAAGGCAAGCCAAUUAAAACUAGUGCUGAGCAGUCCUGUUUGAGACCAACUGACAGAAACUGAAUUUACGAAAAAAAGAACGCAAGGGCUGUAGAAAGAAGUGUUUAUGGACGGGCUUUAUUUAUAUUUAUUAGUAACUGCUGUGUAAAUGAACGCCGCAUCUCAUGUUACAGUGCGUUGGUUGUAUUUUAAAUAGUCAUUCUCGCCUCCCCAUGAAGUUAUCAAUUCACUAUUAUUGUGUUGUCAUUUCAGAAUGAUGUAAACACUGUCUAUACUAUUUACUGCUCUCGAAAAUCUGCCCCCAGCAGCUCUGGCAGCCCUGGAGACCUGUCAGUAAACAGGCAGUGUGUCACAUCCGGAUGAGUUUCAAAAUCCAGUCCAGAUUUUCAUCCAUUUCUCUCCCCAAUUUAACCCACUGUUGGCAUAUUCUGUCUUGUUAUGGGUAGACGCUUCUGUACACAGCUUUCAUGGGACUCUUGCUUACAGCUCAGGGUGGUUCACUGAAAUCUACCGUGGGAAAAAGGAAUGCGAAGUUGGGGAAAAUAUACUCUAGUUUGCGUUACAGCCUGUUGAUGCUCGCAUUUCAGACUGUUUGUGGCUAUUUUAAAGCAUCAGCAUUUGGUUUGAGGUUAUUAAAAUGGGAUGGAAUGUAUCUAAUGCCCUGGCAAAGACGAAGCGGUUGUGAUCGGUUAACGCUUCUCCCUGUCUCGUGCCGUACAUACCGUUAGGGUUGGUCACACUGUGGAUAUUGGGUUGUCCGUUUAAUUUAUAUAGGACAUUUGGUGUCGUGGGAUUGGAAAUAUUUAUUGAAGGAACUUCAGAAACAAUGGUGGGGGUCCCUGUUGGUUCUGACAAAGAAAUGAGGAUGAAACGAAAAGUACUAAAGCAGAGAACCGUUGAAGUAUGGGACAAGGCAGGAGUGAACCUUCAGCAGGACUGCAUAUCAUGCUUUAUUGAGAGCACUUGGGGGGUUUAAAUAACCAUCACGUUCCCGGGCUUGGUCCCUCCACACAGGGUGGCAACAGUGUGGACUUACAGGUGCUGCCACAGUUCUGCACACAACCGAUUAAAAGAGAGGAGGGAGGCCACCCCAGGAAGAGCUAAACGAAUGUCCUCUCCUCUCCAAAGCGGUGAAGUUCAGUGGAUUUUACUUCCAGAGAUCUCAUCUUCAGGAUGUCAGUGAACAUUUCCACUGCUGGGAAAGGUGUGGAUUCAAACGCGGUUGAGACUUAUGAUAGUGGAGAUGACUGGGAGAUAGGAGUUGGGAAUCUGAUAAUCGAUUUAGACGCCGAUUUGGAGAAGGACCGACAGAAAUUCGAGAUGAAUAAUACUAACAGUACCGCUAAGGAUUGUGGUGGUCUGGCUACUGCCACCGGGCCGGGAGCUGCGUCCGUCUUAGCUGACGGCCUCAAAUUUACUUCUGUGCAGCCCCCUGCCUCUCAAGGAAAUGCCCACAAGGAGACGGGUAAAUCAAAAGUGAAACGGAACAAAAAUUCAAAGGAUGCUAAUAAAGCGCUUCCUUCUGCUGCCUUGUAUGGAAUUCCUGAGAUCAGUAGCGCUGGAAAGAGACAGGAAGUUCAAGGGCGCCCCGGAGAUCCGUCUGGCAUGCCUUCAGCUAUAGGACAACAAGCUUUGACUAACCAGAACGGGCCUAUUGUCUCUUGUCCCAAGGGCAAAGAGGAUAAACCUGCAAAAAGUACAGGCAAUAGGGGCUCAAAGCGAGAUAAGGAAACUGGCAAGUCGAGGAAAGACAAACAUGAACUGGGGCAUCUUGGGCCAGCUGGCACACAGAGCUCGGGCACGGCUCAUUUGUAUGGAUUUGGGACCAAGGGCCCUUUUCAUUGUAGCAGCACGAUGGUGGGAGAUGUAAGCAAGAAUGCUCUGGAGGCUGCUAUACUUGGAAAUUCUGUGAUUGUCAAAAAGGAAGAGGAUGAGGAGGACAGCAUUUCAAGGCCAGUUAAAAAACUUAAAACAGAGAAGGUGGAUCCUCUGUUUACUGUGCCAGCACCUCCACCACCCAUUCCAUCACAGAUUCUUCCUUCAUUCUUCCCACCAUCUUCCAAUAUUGCUGCCCCUGUGGAGCAGUUGUUAGUACGGACUCGAUCAGUGGGUGUUAACACUUGUGAUGUUGGAGUAGUGACUGAACCAGAAUGCCUUGGACCUUGUGAGCCUGGGACUAGUGUUAACCUUGAGGGUAUUGUGUGGCAUGAAACGGAAGAAGGUGUACUGGUAGUGAAUGUAACGUGGCGAAACAAAACUUACGUAGGGACACUAUUGGACUGUACAAAGCAUGACUGGGCCCCACCAAGGUUUUGUGAAUCGCCAACAAGUGACCUUGAAAUGCGAGGAAGUAGAGGCCGAGGAAAACGUGCACGGACAUCAGUGAAUCCUGCAGGGGCAGAAGUUCCAUUUACAGAGGCAAGAGGACUGCAAAGUAAAAACAGAGGUGGAGGUAAUGGAAAAGGGAGGCGUGGUAGUCUGAACUCCAGUGGUCGCAGGACACCACCCAACUGUGCUCCAGAGGAUGUAAAAGCCAGCCCAUCUUCUACAAAUAAAAGGAAGAACAAGCCUCCUAUGGAACUUGAUCUCAACUCUAGUUCUGAAGACAGUAAAUCAGGGAAACGGGUUCGAACUAAUUCUAGGAGUACGCCAACAACUCCCCAGGGGAAACUAGACACUUCCUUUUUGGAGCAAGGUUGCUCCUCUCCUGUCUUAAUAGACUGUCCACAUCCAAAUUGCAACAAAAAAUAUAAGCACAUUAAUGGACUGCGGUAUCACCAGGCACACGCUCAUCUGGACUCUGAUAAUAAACUGGAAUUUGAUGUGGACUGCGAGGAUAAAAUUUCUGAUUGUGAAGAGGCGUUAAGUAAUGUGGCACUUGAAUGCAAUGACUCAAGCACAAGUUUAUCAAAUUUUGAUCAGCCAAAAGCUCCUUCAUCCCCGGUAACACUAGGGAUACCAAAAGGCAAGAAAGAACUUAAUGGUCAGAGUCCUGUUGGUACAAAAAAUGGCAAGAACUCUGGCAAAAAGAAAGGGCUAGGUAAUGAACUAAAUAGUCUUCCAAUUAUUUCGAAUAUGGCGGCUACAGUAGACAGUUGCUCCAUACAGGAAAGCAGUAUUACUGCUGAAAUGCCCAAACUGGAAGCAGAGGGUCUGAUCGAUAAGAAAACGUUAGGAGAGAAGGACCGUAGUAAGAAAUCCAGCAAUGGUAAAAUGGAGAAAAAUGUUUCAAAGCCUAAAACAACCCGGCCAAUUGCACCUGCUCCUCCCCCUCCUCAGUUGAUAGCAAUACCCACUACAGCCUUUACAUCUACAACAACAGGCACAAUACCAGGACUGUCCUCCAUAACAACAACAGUUGUUCAGGCAACACCAAAGAGCCCUCCUUUAAAGCCCAUUCAGCCAAAGCCUACGAUUAUGGGAGAGCCAAGCACUGUAAAUCCAACUCUUGCUUCACUCAAAGAUAAAAAGAAAAAGGAGAAGCGAAAACUUAAGGAUAAAGAAGGAAAGCUAAAUGGGAGCCCCAAAAUAGAUUCUAAAUUGGGAAAACCUGAGGAAUCAAAGGGGUCCGGGAAAGAGUUGCCCGGACAUUUUUUGAAAGAACACUUAAAUAAAAGUGAAAUGCUUGCCAAUGGGCUUUCAGAAUCUCAGGAGAGUCGAAUGGCCAGCAUAAAAGCUGAAGCUGAUAAGGUUUACACAUUCACAGACAAUGCACCCAGCCCAUCUAUAGGGAGUGCCUCUAGGUUGGAAUGUAACACUCUUGUAAAUGGACAGCCUUCAGCUGCAUCAUUGCAUGUUUUGAGCCAGAAUAGUGGAGACAGUUCUGCUGCAAAAACUACCAGCCCUGCUUACUCUGAUAUUUCUGAUGCUGCAGAUGAUGGGGGGUCUGAUAGCAGGUCUGAGGGUAUGAGAUCAAAGACUAGUUCACCUUCAGAUAUCACUUCCAGUAAAGACAGUAAUGUUGUAAAAAGUAAUUCUUCAGCUACUGCCCAACCAUCACAAGUGAAGGAAGAUAAUUCACCUUACUAUGGUUAUGAGCCAUACUAUUCACCUAGUUACAUCCAUUCUGGUCAAGUCAGUACUUCCACAGUUUGUAAUAGUGGAACCACACAGGGAAUGAAAAUCCAGAAGGAGCCCGAGGAAGAAUGUGAAAAGAAAGAUGCGUCUGAGCCUUCCGAAUCCAAGAAGUGCGAAGUCAGUUCCUCAAACCUACCAGCUCAGCACCAGUCUGUUAUAACACAAAGGCAUCCUACACUAGCUCAGUCCCUUUACUAUGGUCAGUAUGCUUAUGGGAUUUACAUGGACCAAAAAUCUCUGAUGGCCUCUAACCCUGCCUAUAGACAACAGUAUGAGAAAUAUUAUGAAGAUCAGCGUUUGGUGGAACAGAAAAUAGUCCAGGCAGGGAGAGACAUAGAAAAGAAGGCUGAGCUUCAGCAAAAAGACUUGGCAAAAGAGGACAGUAAACAGAAAAAUAUACCAUCAGCCACCAUCUCUAAAGCACCUCCUAUGCCUGAUCCUGUAAAAAAUACUAAUAAAUCAGGACCUGUAGGCCCUGCCAAAACUGAGGAUCCUGGGAAAUCUCACAUUAUACCAAACCAGCAGCCACAUCUUCAGUCUGAUAACUUUAAAGCUAAGCAGAUAGAAAAUCAUCAGCUCAUUAAGGAAGCUGUAGAAAUGAAGUCUGUUAUGGAUUCCAUGAAACAAAGUGGAGUGGAUGCAAGUACUAGGCUAAAACUGCAGGAACAAGAUACAAGAUCUUGGCACUACGGACUGUAUCAGCCCAAGUAUGUGGAAAAGCAAAAUCUAGAAGAGCUUGAGCGGGAGAAAAAGAUGAAAGAAGACAGUCCUAUAAAAACUCCCAGUAAGGAAACUGUACAGUCUAAUAUUCCUGUUUCUCUAUCCAGUACAAAGGAGGAAUCAAAAGACUUAAAGCGACCAGACUCUCAGUCAAUAGCACUAGAGGACAGCAAAAAUAAAACUGAUGACCGCAAGACUCCUGUUGGUUGGAAGGAGACGCGAAGUCCUCGCAUGGCAGUCUCAUCACCAAUGAGCCAACCUCCGCCCUAUAUUCAGUACUUGCAUGCUUAUCCCUACACACAGAUGUAUGAUGCUAGCCACCCUGCAUACCGAGCAGUAUCACCUGUACUAAUGCACAGCUACCCUGGGGCCUAUCUUCCUUCAGGAUUUCACUACCCUGUCUAUGGAAAGGUUACAGGUCGGGAUGAGGUGGAAAAAACAAACACUAGCCCCAGCAUGAACACUAAAUCAGGCACUGAAUCCAAGGCACUGGACCUCCUUCAGCAGCACGCCAAUCAGUAUCGUAGCAAGUCUCCUACACCUGUAGAAAAAGCAACUGAACGUGAACGGGAAGCUGAACGAGAGAGGGAUCAUCAUUCCCCUUUUACUCAGCGGCAUCUUCACACACACCAUCAUACACACGUCGGAAUGGGUUAUCCACUUAUACCUGGACAGUAUGAUCCAUUUCAAGGGUUGACUUCUGCCGCUUUGGUUGCCAGUCAGCAGGUGGCUGCACAAGCAUCUGCAUCGGGCAUAUUUCCUGCACAACGAAGGGAGUGAAGAGUUUAUGUACAUUUCUGUCAUGUGACUGGCUCACAUGGAUAAGCGCUUUAUUAUAAACAUCAGUUCCAUGGUGUUAAUUUCACAUGCCUUGAUGGCAGGCAAAAACCAGUCAUUUCAUUUUUGUAAAUUGCAGAUUUUAUAACAGAGUAACAAAUGUUGUUGUAAUUGGAAUUUUGUUGAAUAUAUAUAUAUAAAUAUAUAAAUAUAUAUUCUUUACUUUUUUGUAUUUGUAACCAGAUUCAUACAGAGGGGUCUGCUGCUAAUUGCAAACCACACAAAAAUAAAGAAGUUCAGAAAGUAUUAUCCACUGAACGGCUGCUGGUUUCUUUGUGUAUAUAUGUAUAUAAUGCUACUUAUCAGUAUACUUUAAACCUUGUAUAUCCUUCUAGGAUUACCUUGAGCCCUCACAGAGGCUAACAGUGACAAUAACCCUUUUGUAUGGUUUAGAUGUGUACUCUGUGACUCCUGUUAAAAUACAUUAAUGUAAACUUAUAUUUACUGCUCCAUUGUAACUCUAUUGUGAAGAAUAUACUUUCAGUAACUCUUGGGGGUACUGGUACCACAAAACUGUGUUGUAUAUAAUGUAAAGAUUUUAAAACAAGGACAAAUAACAAACCUCUGUAUAUAGCAAAAGCUGUUUUUAUGACAUUGAAUGGCUGGUAACCCAAUAGCCUGCAUACACCAGAAGACAUAUGUGAUUGUUCUAUUACUUGAAUAGUUUGGCUGGCAAUCUUUUUUCCGUUUACAAUGUUUACAUUUACCCAGUUUUAGAAGAGAAACCUUCAAUGCCAUUGCCUGGUUACUUGUUUUAAGCUGUAAUCUAGUUUAUUUUAUGUAAAAUGUAUAUUGAAUGCUUUCUUUUUUAUACCUGCCUUAAAUAAUUUGGCAAUCAGAAUUAAAAAGAAAAGUUGUUUUUGCAUA